AUGGCUAGAUCUAGAUCAAGAUCACCAAGGUGGAAACACAGGUCCUUAUCACCUGCAUUUAGGAGCCCAGAACACCAUAGACAAAGACAUACUCAUAUUAAUUAUGACUGUGAAUAUAAGGGAUUUAGGAAGGACCUGAAGAAACCUACGUCUUGGAGAGUGGAAGAUGGGAAAUACGGACAAAGCAAUUAUAGAUUUGCACCACAUGGGAAUCUCCACCACAGAAUUUAUGAACAUAGAUCAUCUUCGCCAAAUGUAAAAAGAACUCCUUUAGAGGAUACAUAUAGUCAUAAACCCUGUAGAACACAUUCAUCAGAAAGAGGUGAAGGCAACAGGAGAUAUCAAUUUCCAGCCAAAUACUCAGAAGUAUCCUAUAAAGAACAUGAUCAGCCUUUUUACUUACACAAAAUGCAAGAAAGAUAUAUGCCUGAGGACUUCAGAGUCACCGGAGAUGAAAAAGGAAUGAAACCUUUUCAUAGACCGUUAGGGGCUUCAUGUAAAUUUGAAAGGAAAUGGCAUGAAGAUGAAAUGAGGCACCAGAAGUUUCAGGAAGACAAAUAUGGUCAAUCGCUCCGAAGAGCUUCUGAAGAAUUUACAACAAGGAGCUCUUUGCAGAAGAGGUAUCCUGAAGAUCGUGAUUACAGAGAACAUGGGCACACAUCUAAAAGGACUAAAGAAAUUGAGAGAGAUGACGAUGGAGAAAUAGCAAGAAAUCACAAAUGGAAGCAAGAUCGUUCUUUUCCACCCUACCAAAAAAAGGAGGAGCAAAGAAACAUUGGUCCCCAAGCUCAUCGGUCUGCUGAAAGGGAGUACACAAAGAGUUCUGUUACGAAGCUAGCAUAUGACUAUAAUUACAAACAUCAUAGACACCUAGAUGGGACAAAAUCUUUUUCUGAUGAUAGAGCUCAGAAGUAUGUAAAGCAGGAAGACCAAAAAUAUAAUUCUCCUAAGGGUGCUCUGAAUAGCAAAGAGUUAGAUUAUUGUAGUGGUGGAAGAGUAAGACAGACUGAAGAAGGGCAUAAUGAAGUGCCCAUUAAAUAUAGUUCAGUGAAGGGCUGCAAUGCAUGUGCCAACUCUUACAAAAAUGAUGUUGAUCUGAGACCCUUUAAUAACACAAAGAAGGAAAGAGUAAGGAAUGAAGGGGAUUUCAGAAAAAAAAUAGAUUCUUCUAAUAGCCAUCAUGACACAAGUCAUACAGUUUCAGAUGUGAAAAUGUCAGAUGUCACUCCUAGGAAGGAGCUGCUCACAAUCAAAGUGGAUAUGAAGAAAAUGAUGAACAAGUACAGGACUGGUUCUAGCCAUACUAUGGAGCGGCAGAUGUCACAUGAUCUGGUUGCUGUUGGCAGGAAAAAUGAAAAUUUUCAUCCAGUGUUUGAACACAUGGAAUCUGUAACACAAAAUGUGGAGAACAACCCAUCAAAAGAAUUUACUCAGGAAAUCAUAACAAUUAUCCAUCAAGUUAAAGCAAAUUAUUUUACAUCUUCUGACCUAACUCUAAAUGAACGCUUCUCAAAAAUUCAAGAUAAACCAGUUGUAAAUUUAAAUGAAGUUAAAAUAUAUUCAGAUCCAGAAAUUCACAGGAGAAUUGAUAUAUCUUUGGCAGAACUUCAGAAUAAACUAGCUAUGCCAUGUGAAUCUGGACAGACUGUUGUGAGAGUUCUAGAAGAUCCAAAUGAUCUACGGCAUGAUAUAGAGAGGAGGAGAAAAGAGAGGCUGCAGAAUGAAGAUGAGAGGGUGUUUCACAUAGACAGUGUAAUUCAAAGGAAUGAGCACAAUGGUAGCUUUUCAAAAUUACAGAACUCUCAAAUUGAUGGAUUCCAAAAACCUAUAAGAUUCCUAAAACCACCUUUCAGGAAAUUUAUUAAGAAACCUCACAUGCCUGUAUUCAAGACAUUUGGUGAUGCACUGUAUGUUCCCUUACUUCAUAAAAUACUCCCACCUAAAGCACAGAUCAAAGAGUUUAUUACUGAAUGA